CACAUUUACUCAAAUAUGCUAUCUGAUUUACUAUCAGUACCAGGCCCUCCAUCAAACGUAAAAAUAUUUCCAUUCGGAGAAUACCUACUGGUCACGUGGACACCGCCCAAGGAGCCCAACGGGAUCAUUACGAACUACCAAGUGGGGUCCGCUGAGUACAGUGCGUUAUCGCCCGAGAGUGUGGUAGUUACCAUGGAGACAGUACAACCCAAUGUAUAUAAGAAAUUGUUGGGUAAUGAGAGAUUUGAAACAAGCUAUGUUGUGGAAUUGCGAGCGAGAACGUCGAAGGGCUGGGGUGCCAGCUUAAGAACAACUACAACAACUAUGAAAAAGUCAGCUCCUGCUAAGCCAGAAAAACCCACUGUAGUCGUAACAGGAGAACCGGCCGCGUUUAAUGUGACGUACAACUUUGGUGUCGGAGGUGGAUGGACACACGAGUUCAAAGUUUUAUACAAAAAGAAAGGAGAAGGAGAACAAUUUCAGGAAACUGCAUGGGUGGAUCAUUUCCGCAUGCAGUCUACUGUAAUCAAAGAUCUGGACUUUGCCGCGCUGUAUGAAAUCAAGACUAUUGGUAAAAACACUGUCGGAACAAGUCCAGAAAGUAACAUCACUGAAGCUUUUGUAGCGGGCGACCCUGUUGUCGGUAAAGCUGUUGGCUCGCCGAUGUAUGAGUCUGAUUGGUUCAUCACACUCAUCAUUGUCUCAGGCUGCGUUUUUCUUCUUUUGGUGAUUGUUGUUCUGGUUAAACGUCACAGACGAAGGCGUAGCUUGAAUUUUAGAGUUGCCGAACACGAGAAGGAAAUUGAAAAUGAAAAAGAAAAAGAAAAAGAGAUCCCUGCCCGUGUCGACUUCAAACCGCGCGAGGACUGGAGAGGAAGACUGGAGGAGGCCGACCGCGAGAGUCACGACAGCCUGGAUGAGUAUGGUAGAACGGACGCACAUUUCACAGAAGACGGUUCCUUUGUAGGUGAAAUUAGCAUUGAUAAGCAGGAACCUUCACAAGAAGAGGUUAAACAUCCAGUUGUGUAGCAGAGGUCCAUAGGAAAGUGUUCCCUUGAUCUCAGUUCUGUGAAGGCUGACGACAGUGUGGCGUUCAAAAAAAAUACAUUUUUCGUUCUUUGAUAAUUGCUAGCUUUUCGCUACGAACUUUUUGCUCAGAAUUUUAUUUCAUUGUAUCUUUUUUGCGCUGUCUUUAUUUGCCUAUCCUCUCUCGCAAUACUUCUCUAAAACGACUCAAUCAACAGCCAAGGUAGCUUGUCACGCAAAACCUUAGAGAUGCGUUGCGUGACGAUAGAAAUUAGCUUAGAAGUGCUGUCUGCAGCUGAGUAAUUUAAUGAGGACUCUUUCUAUAUUGUUGUAGUCGUACAAGUUGAGGCAAAAUAUGAAGACUACACGUAUCCCAUAAAAGCGUUGUAAAACUGUUUUUCAAUCUCGUUGUUUUAAGAUUAAAAUGCAAAUCGUUUUAAGAAUUUUCUCAGCCAGGGAAACAAGUGCGUUUACGAAAACCUUUAUCGAUGUGCUCGAAGGGGUUCCCAUUCUUAUCAACCAAUCAGAAAUAGGACGAGCACACUCGAGGGAUAUCCGAACGUUGACACGUCAGUUUGCCGCCAUUGAGUAUACGUUUUGUUGCUAGGCAACUACGCCGAAAACUGCGGGCUCAGUUAAUUCUCGGAGACGGUUCUGACUUGUAAAGGAACUUGUUUCCUAGACUGUAUUUAGUCUGUAGUGCAUUACUUAGGAGCGAGAUAAUCUUUCCUGUUUGAUCACCAUGCAAAUAUACACUAACAUUAGCGUCCUGUUCACACUAAAUCUUAAACAUAUUUAAAAUGUUUUAUGUUGAAAUAUCUUGCAAUGAAGAUCGCCGCACUGCUGCUACGUAACAAAGUUUUGGAUUAAUUUUGAGCAACUUUUCGACAUUUUUUUGACAACUUUCUGAUGGCCUUAGUUUCAAAUGGCCAAUCAAAAUGCAGAAACUCCGAGACGACAUAUCAAACGGAGAGUGUCGCCUCACAUUUCAAUAAGAGAGGAUAAAGGGUAGGAUAAUACAGGACUAAUGUCCAAGGUAGCCCUCUCCAGGUAUUUAAUUAGAUCAUUCCCGGUUUCAGAAAUUCGAAGAAGGCCUGGAAGUAGCCAAACCAGAGACACGGAUUUUGCUUACGUGGACAGCCCGUGACUUUUCACGCAUUUUCAUCCCCCAAGAAAACAUCUACGCAUGCAACGCACGUGGUAACAACCGCAGGAGAACUGGAUACCAGAUCUAAAAAUAACUUGAGAACAAGGCCUAUGUGGAUGGUUACCUCUGUUACCCUUCAUUCUCUCUUGAUUUCGACUAUCUGUUCUUAAAUGCGUACCUCUGUAGUAGAUUUAGGUUAUCUUUGCUUUGAAGUUGUAAAUUUGUCGCCUUUCAAUUGCAAUGCUUUACCAAGAUAGUCGCUUAGCGCAAAGAAAUGUUACUUGUAUACUGUCUGUUAGACAAUGUAUUAGGCUUUUGCUCAGGGUUGGACUGAAGCUCUUUACCCCCGGAGGGUCUCCCAUAUAAAAGGGCGAGAGUGCUAGUCGUACCUUCGAGCCGAAAACAAUAUGACAGGAGACAAUGUUCUUUUAGAAUUGGUACCUCUUAGAGGUGAAAAAAAAAAAAAA